CCAGCAGUGCUCCACUCCCUUUGUACCACGUCUGUUUCUUCCUGCUGUCCUACCUCUCCAGCGACUGGCUCUUUCCAUCCGGCUGGCUGUGCAGAAGCAGAGUCCUCUGGGCCAGUAUAGCACCUUGUGCUCUCCUUUGCUCCUUGCUUCUCCGUGAGGGAGAGAAAAGACUCUGGAGAUGGACCUGUCCUUCAGAUCCACCAUCUCCAUCUAUAAGAGUAUCCUGGAGCAGUUCAACCCUGCGCUGGAGAACCUGGUGUACCUGGGGAAUAACUACCUGCGUGCCUUCCAUGCAUUAUCCAAUGCAGCUGAGGUGUAUUUUAAGGCAAUCGAGAAGAUUGGGGAGCAAGCACUGCAGAGCUCCACCUCACAUGUGCUGGGUGAAAUUCUGAUGCAGAUGUCCAACACGCAGAGACGCCUGAGCUCUGAUUUGGAAGUUGUGGCUCAGACCUUCCAUGUGGAUCUGCUGCAGCACAUGGAGAAGAACACCAAAAUGGAUGUGCAGUUCAUCAGUGAAAGCCAGAAGCAGUAUGAGCUGGAGUACCAGCGCAGAGCCACCAACCUGGAUAAGUGCAUGGCAGAGCUGUGGAGAAGGGAGAGGGCCCGUGAUAAAAAUGUCCGGGAGAUGAAGGAGAAUGUGAUGCGACUGCGCUCAGAGAUGCAGGCGUUUGUCUCUGAGAGCCAGAGGGAGGCAGAACUGGAGGAGAAACGUCGCUACCGCUUCCUAGCUGAAAAGCACCAGAUGCUCUACAACACUCUCCUCCAGUUUUACAGCAGGGCCCGGGGUGUGAUCCAGACCAAGGCGCCGCAGUGGAAAGAGCAGCUGGAGGCCAGCCGCAACCCCUCAAACAGCCACUCACAGGGGCUUCUCGUGGCCUCCCAUGGCGAAGGGUAUCCAUCGGGCCAGCUCACCCCCACCCACCUUGAGAUGCCCCAGAGACCCCCUGGGGAAUUUGCCUCUUCCAUGACUGGGAGUAGAUCCAGCAUCUUCUCUCCAGAGCCUUCAGAAACGAGACCGUCUCCUCAACCAGAUCCUCCCAGGUGGCCACUGCGGAGGACACCAUCAGCCAGUUUGCUCCCUACUGGCCGUAUCUCCCGUUCGGGUUCUUUUGGUGAGGCCAGCAGCAGCAGCGAAGGCAGGAGGACGAGUGGCACGGCAAGAGUGCAGGCUAUUGUACCCCAUGUGUCGGGCACCAACCGGACCCUGCUACGGUUUAACCCCGGUGAUGUCAUCACGGUGCUGAUGCCAGAUGCGCAGAAUGGCUGGCUGUAUGGCAAGCUGGAGGGCUCGUCCACAUGUGGCUGGUUCCCUGAAGCUUAUGUCAAGCCUCUGGAGGAUGCAAGGGAGAUGGAGGAGCCAGCCACCAGGUCCUUCCCGCUGCGAAGCAGUCACAGUAUGGAUGACAUCCUGGACCAUCCCAGCACUCCUUCCUCUAGCAAAUACUGGCCUGUCACUGCCCAGCCCAGCUUGCUGAACCCACCUCCCCUCUCAGUGGGUGCCAGUAGUCACCAGAGUGGGGUGGCCACCCCUGUCAGUUCUGGCUCCAAGAAAUCAGGAGUAUUUGACAAGCCCCCUGAACUCUUCCCACGAGGUACCAAUCCCUUUGCCACAGUCAAGCUGCGUCCCACAGUCACCAACGACCGCUCAGCACCCAUCAUCCGAUGAAGUGGGGCUGUGAACAGCAGAGAAUUUCAGCAGGGAAGGGGGAGGCAUACAAGUGAUGGGCUGUGUCCCCCGGCUGGGCAGCAAUCUCGUGCUACCACUUACAGAGUAACCUCUCUUUUCCCCUCCCUUCCCUCCGAGUCAUGGGGGCCUGUCUCACCUGGUUGUCUGGUGUGCUUUAGCCAGCAGCAGAUCCCUGCUGCUAUUUUUGGAUUGCCCCCUGUCACCCCUCCCCGUGUGAUGUUACUGUACUUGAGUGGGAGAAGUCUGGUGUUGCUGGCGCGGGUGGCCUGGGAGAGGGGAUGCUGCUGGUCUGGGAGGUGGAGGGAUGGAUGGGUAAGAUCAUCUGCAACAUGGAGCAGUGCUAACAGGAUGAGGAAGGCAAAACUUUGUAGCUCUGCUGUGGGCAGAAAAGGACACUUGGCGAUCAGUCCCUUUGCUACCAGAAGAAUGAACCCCAAAGGGAAGAGGUCACAAGAAGGUUUCCAGCGAUGUGGUCCAUCUGACAGGGUCUGCAGCAUGCAGCUCUCUGCUCCUGACCCCUUUGGCAACUGUGUCUGUAGCAGCAUCUGCCCCUUCUCACCCCUGGUGCAGCCCCUUUCCUUGCUGGGCAGCCCUGGGGCAAGGCAGGGGCAAGUGAUAGUGCCCAGUGCUGCUGCCUUGCUCCUUUGCUAUUGUCCUGCAGAAAAGAUUUGGGUUGUUUUUUUUUUUUAAUAAAAUGGAGAAUAUUGCUUCUGUAGCCA